GAUCGGUCGUGUCAUCUCGCCUUAAGUGCAUCGGCUCUCCUCCAGCUCAUCAGCUCUAGACCUAUGUACUCUCUGGUUAUAAGUAGGGCUUAUUUUUUUUCGGUGGGCUUCCACGGUUGCCAGAUUUGAUUCUAGGUCGCUUGGGAUUUGAGCACGAUCUGAGGCGCUGGUCUGUGGUUGUCCAUCUUAGGUGCAGCAUAUUCCGCUUUGUUGCAAUGGCGGUUGUUGAGCUUUCGUGGGUUGGACUGCUGCGCGAGAUAACAAGUCAAAUUGGCAUGGAGAUGCCUGUCUGUGAGGUUACUGUAGAUGCGGAACGGCGAUAUGUUGCCUACAUGGAUCUUCACGUGCGAAAGGAGGGGGAGACUACAGCUGAAGUUGUUCGCUGCUGGGGUUCGCCUUCUCCCACCUCCGAUGGCGCUGAACGUGAUGCAGCUCGGGUUGCCGUCCAUCGCCUGAAAGACAGGCUUGGGCUUGAGAUUAAAGAUGUUAACUAUGAAGACCUUAUUUUUUAUAAGAGUGCGUAUGCUCAACUCACCGCUAAGCAUGCGGCAUUGUAUGAAAAAUACAAGAAAUUAAAAUGGGAGUACCAGCUGCUGAAGAACGCCUACGAUUCUCUCAUAGCGCACAAGGAUGAAUAUGCUGCUGACAGGGUAAGAAUCCGCGAAGCUCUUGAGGAGUGCCGUGCGAUAUUUAACGACUUCUAGCCCGUGCCUGCUGCUUACUGAAUAAACCGACCCCUCAGAAGCAGUUUCACCUCCUUUUGGCUUAAUCCUGUGACCUUUGUGAUGUUCUAGUUGCCACUACGCUCGGUGUCUUUUUGCUUUUUGUUUUUUUUUUUUUUUUGUUUGUUGAAGUCUCCGGGAGCAUGCUGUAAGCUCCUGCUGGUGUUUCUAUGUAAUCUUCGAGCACACUGUUCACUGCUGUUUAUGUGCUCCUUUUGGUUUGUUCUUUUUUUCUCUUUUAUGUACUCCUUUCUAUCUUCGUUAGAUGCAAUGUGUCUUUACCGAGCACUGCAUGCUGCUUGUUCA